GUCGGGGACAAAUGACCAGUGCAGGGCUGUGGGGCUGAGGACCGUAUCUAAAGUGGCAAAUACGCGCUGUGGCGACAUCGUAAAACCCGCACCAAUUUCUUUCAGAUUAUAUUUUGAUGAAAAUCUCUUGUUUCGUGGACUAAUACUUUAGUGGAACACCAGUGAAGAUUUAUUUAGGCGACUCCCACAGUUGAACAUUUUCGAACUAGAGUAUGAGAAUAAAAUUCAAUUUAAUUAGUUGUAAAAGAUGGGAAAUUUAAAGAAAAAAAUAGCUAUAAUCGGAGCAGGGAGCAGCGGUUUAACAGCAAUAAAAUGUUGCCUGGACGAAGGCCUGGAGCCUGUUUGCAUAGAAAGAUCGUCAGACAUUGGGGGGCUCUGGAAUUAUUCAGAGGAAGUCACUGAAGGCAACCCCAGCAUAUACAACAGUCUGGUGAUCAACACUAGCAAGGAGAUGAUGAUGUACAGCGACUUUCCGCCACCUGAAAACUUCCCAUACUUUCUAAAGCACAACAAAGUCCUCGAGUAUUUCCGUCUCUACGCCGAACAAUUUCGCCUGCUGCCGUACAUUCGCUUCAACACGGAAGUGAACUACAUCAGAAAAAGUGAGGAUUAUGAGACAACGGGAAGGUAUGAAGUGAAGUAUGCGUCGUGUGAUGGUGUGGUGAGUGAAGUGUUUGACGGCGUGAUGAUCUGCAGUGGUCACCACUCUAAAGCACACGUCCCUGAUAUCCCGGGGAUCGAAACCUUCCAGGGAAGAGUGCUACAUUCCCAUGCUUAUAAAGAUGCCAGAGGAUUUCAUAACCAAAGAGUUGUUAUUCUAGGCUUGGGUAACUCAGCUAGCGACAUAGCAUGUGAUCUGGCCAAAUCAGCUAAACAGGUUUACCUAAGUUCUAGAAGAGGAGCCUGGAUCGUACCUCGGACGGCGUUCUGGGGUUUGCCAGCUGACAUGAUAGCCAACAGCCGAGUGGUUUUCAGUUUCCCCAUGAAAUGGCUAGACUGGUGUGUGCAGGUCCAAGCCAACUUCAGAAUAGACCACGACACAUACGGACUCAGGCCACAGCACGGAGUUUUGAACUGCCACCCCACUAUCAACGAUGAACUACCAAUACAUCUGGUAACUGGGAGAGUGCAGACACGGCCUAAGAUAACUCGUGUGGUCAAGUCUGGUGUGUGGUUCGAGGAUGAGUCAUUCUGUCCAUGUGACGUCAUCAUACUAUCCACUGGAUACGAUUAUAAAGUGGACUUUGUGGAGCAAGACAUUUUCAAGGUGGAAGAAAAUAGGACAAGGUUGUACAAGUAUGUGUUCCCUCCCCACCUCAACCAUCCCACACUGGCAGUCAUUGGAUUGGUUCAAGCUAUUGGAGCAGUUAUGCCAAUUGCUGAGCUGCAGUGCCGCUGGUAUGCACGGCUAAUAACGGGUAAAGCCAAGCUACCAAACAGAGAGGUCAUGGAGAAAGAUAUCGAGAUGAAAAAGGAAAAAAUGUGCAAACUUUACGUCGAUUCAAGAAGGCACACAUUACAGACAUUCUGGAUCGACUACAUGGACCAAGUAGCUUCUCAAAUAGGAGUGCGCCCAAACUUGUGGAAGGUGUUGUUCGUGGACCCGGAGUUGGCUAUUAAAUGUUAUCUUGGACCGUGCUUGCCAUCUCAGUAUCGGCUCACUGGGCCUGGAUCAUGGAAAGAUGCUAGAGAAUACAUCAUCAAUACGUAUGAACGAGCAAAAAGAUGUGCUUCAAAACACAAAAUUUCCAAGACAAAGUCCAAACACCGUGAGUCGGUCACACAGAACGGUGGCGGCGAUCCAGAUAAGGGAAAACGUCCAAAACAAAACCGCUACAUAUCUACAGCAGCUAAACGUGUGAGCUGCUUCACAAAGCUAUCGCUCCUCAACAGCUGCCGGGAUUCUGAUGACAUUCGAUCAAGCAAACUUUUAAACGACACGAACUUGCUGUCCCCCCACUGGACCACUAUCCCAUACUACAUUAUGGUUAUGCUGGUGUGCUGCUGUCUCUGGUUGAUCAGUAUCCUGCUCAGCCACACGGGGCUGCUUGUGAGCAUUCUGUAUAGAUGACGGACACACAGAACAGCUAUAGUUAUUGUUUUAUCUAUUUCUGAGGAAGCUGGAUUCUGACUUGAUUUUAUCACUGACAAAACGAAAGUAGUGGAUCAUCUAAAAAAAAGUUCGCCCCUCCCUGAUAAAAACUAAAGUAACCAUUCAAGUUUUAAUUACAAGUUUCUGAUAAUGUUUUACGAUUUCUUGUGCGGAAAAAGACCAAAAACUUUUAAUUUUUAUGAGCAAACAUGUAAAUAGAUGUAAAUAUAUUUAACAUUUUAAAUCCGCUUGACACAACGAAGUAUUGUUUAGAUUUUUCAAAGGUUAAAAUCAACGCUUUCUUUUCAACGUGAGCUAGGAAGCAAUAAAUAGAAAGAUCGGUAAUAAAAUAGCAAUACCGCUUGCUAGUUAGUGACUUAAGGGUUGAUAUAAAAUAAUUCUAGAGAAAAUGUUCAACAUUCAUACAGCUUCAUCUAGAUAGAGCAAGUAAAAAAAAAUUGUGCAUUUGUAAUUUU